AUGCUACUGUCGUACUUCGAACAUCGUGAAGCAUGUCGCGUGAAACAGGAAGAACGACGAAAUCGUAUUGCACGUCUUCCCGACGACUUCCACAAUCCCUUAACUGCCCUAGACUUACCCGUAUCUGAGCUAGCAGAGAAUGUUCGAAAAGGACGAAUACAAUCACAGGCAUCUCUAACAGCGUAUGUGAAAGCUGCGUUGCUCGCUCACAAAGAGACGGAUUGCCUCACGGAAGUAAUGACAUCGGAAGCGCUCGAUUGGGCGAAGGACUGUAACAUGGAUGGUCCUCUGGCAGGUGUUCCAGUGAGCUUGAAGGACAUGUUAGGCGUGAAGGGGUUCGACUCCAGCGUUGGGAAUUCUGCAUGGAUCGGAAAAUCCUUUAAAGAACACUCAGCCAUUUUCAAGCUCCUCCGCGAUGCCGGUGCGAUUCCUUUCGUGAAAACAAAUGUUCCAAUCACUCUCAUGUCCUACGAAUUCUCUUCGGACCUCUUUGGUGUCACGACGAACCCUCACGAUCCUGAUUACUCACCCGGGGGUUCCUCAGGUGGUGAAUCAGCUCUAAUUGCCUACGGUGGAUCUCGGAUUGGUGUUAGGUCAGAUGUAGCUGGGUCGGCGAGAGUGCUGGCACAUUAUUCAGGGAUAUAUUCCAUCAAGGCAUCAGUGGGGAGAUUUCCAAAGGCGGGGAGUGGGACGAGUAUUCCCGGGCAAGAAGGCGUGCCUUUUACUCAUUCGCCAAUGACACGAACCUUGGAGGAUCUAGAGACAUUCUGGAGAGCAGUCGUCAAGAUGGAGCCAUGGAAGUAUGACUACAGUUGUUUGGAAAUUCCAUGGCGCGAGGUCGAUUUACAACACAAGAAACUCAAGUGGGGCGUUUUCUGGGAUGAUGGUUCAUCAGUCUUGUUCUUUAGUUCUUCUGCCGCUGUCUAA